AUGGCGGAGAACUUAUCAGCAGCAUUAGGGGAUCUGGAGAGGGACUCGUUCGUGCCUCUUCUCUCCAAGCUGAUUGGGGAAUCUAAGCACGUGCAGAACAACCCGCCGGAGCUCAUUCCCCAAGAGGACAGAGUGGUGAAGCACGUGUUAGACGUUCUAUUACCCUUCAGCACCACCACCGGCGGCGGUCCCUUGCUCCUCAACCACGUCACCUACUCCCCUGGCCGGGGCAACCUCAUCGUCGAAUACCCCGGCACCGUUCCUGGCAAAAUCCUCUCCUUCGUUGGUUGCCAUAUGGACGUCGUCACCGCCAAUCCCAAUGAUUGGGAUUUUGAUCCGUUUUCGCUGAGCAUUGAUGGUGAUAAGCUUCGGGGUCGUGGAACUACUGAUUGUUUGGGACACGUGGCACUUGUCACGGAACUCAUGAAAAAGCUCGGGGAAACCAAGCCGAAUUUGAAAUCAACUGUUGUUGCUGUUUUUAUAGCAAAUGAAGAGAAUUCUGCAAUUACUGGUGUUGGUGUGGAUGCGCUUGUCAAAGAUGGACUCCUCAAUAAGCUGAAGGAUGGUCCACUGUACUGGAUUGACACGGCAGAUAAACAACCAUGCAUAGGGACUGGUGGUAUGAUACCUUGGAAACUUCAGGUCACAGGGAAGCUCUUUCACAGUGGAUUAGCUCAUAAAGCUAUAAAUGCAAUGGAGCUAGGCAUGGAUGCUCUAAAGGAAAUCCAGUUGCGAUUUUACCGAGACUUCCCACCUCAUCCUCAGGAACAGGUUUAUGGGUUUGCAACCCCUUCAACCAUGAAACCAACCCAAUGGAGUUACCCAGGAGGUGGAAUCAACCAAAUUCCAGGGGAAUGUACUAUUUCAGGAGAUGUCAGGUUAACUCCAUUCUACAAUGUCAAGGAUGUAAUGAAGAAGCUGGAAGAAUACGUGGACGAUAUUAAUGAGAAUAUUCAGAAGCUAGAAAGUAGGGGUCCAGUUUCAAAAUAUGUCCUACCCGAUGAAAACAUAAGAGGAAGCCUUACUUUAACUUUUAAUGAAGCACUGUCCGGAGUUGCCUGUGAUCUUAAUUCUAGAGGUUUCCAUGUUUUAUGCAAAGCAACUGAGGAAGUAGUUGGGUACGUAAAGCCUUACUCCAUUACUGGGAGUUUGCCGCUCAUUCGGGAACUACAGGAAGAAGGUUUUGAUGUUCAAACUUCUGGCUACGGCCUAAUGGCUACUUACCAUGCUCAGAAUGAGUACUGCCUUUUCACGGAUAUGUCCCAAGGAUAUCGGGUCUUUGCGAGAAUCAUCUCUCAAUUGGAAGAUUGA